AUGUCCUACCAACAACAAAGACCUCCUUUAAAUCUUGAUCAAAGAUUAAACGAAUUAUUAGAUGCUAUUAAACAAGAAUUUGAUCAGGUUAAAAACGAAGCUUUUAGACUUCAUAAAGAUGAAAGUGAAGGCAAAUAUAAUAAACAAGUGGCAGAGUUAAGAGAUAUUAGAAACACUGUUUAUAACUUACAACAAACUCAUGAAAGAAUAAAACGUCAAUAUGAGGAAGAUAUCUCCAGAUUAAAAGCUGAACUUGAACAAAGAGACCGUCAAUCUUCUCAAUUACAAUAUCAUAACCAACAAAAUGCUGCUGCCCAAACACAACAAUCUCCCACUCAAUUGCCCCCUCCACAAACUCCUCAAUUACAACAACAACAGCCUCCAAAUCAACUUCAAACAACACAAAAUGGAGCCCAGGCUUCAAAUAAUCAACCAAAUCAACUUCAGACAAACCAACAAAUCACUCAAGCUCCAAAUUCAGCUGAUUCUCAACAAUCUAUAUCUGAUAAACCAAUUCCAACCUUUUUGAAAGAAUUAGAUGCUCAAUUAGUACCCGAACAAUGGAAAAAACAAACACAUGAAUUUUAUGUCUUAUAUAAUCCAGCAUUACCAAAAACUUUAGAUGUCGAUCUCGUUCACUCAUUUGACCAUAAUUCGGUUGUUUGCUGUGUUAGAUUUUCAAGAGAUGGUAAAUACUUGGCCACAGGUUGCAAUAAAUCGGCUCAAAUUUAUGGUGUUGAAUCUGGUCAAUUAGUUGCCAGAUUAACUGAUGAUGGCAAUUUCCUUAAUGGCACCAAUGGUGCUCCUUCUAAUGCAGCUAAUCCUGAGGCUAAUAGUGGAGAUUUGUACAUUAGAGCUGUUACAUUCUCUCCUGAUGGCAAAUAUCUUGCUACGGGUGCUGAGGAUAAAUUAAUUAGAAUUUGGGAUUUAAGUUCAAGAAGUGUUAUCCAAUACUUAAAAGGCCAUGAACAAGAUAUUUAUUCAUUGGAUUAUUUCCCAGAUGGUACAAAAUUAGUUUCUGGUUCUGGUGAUAAAUCAGUGAGAAUCUGGGAUUUAAAUACCAGCCAAACUUCAUUAACUUUAGCUAUUGAAGAUGGUGUCACAACCGUCGCAGUAUCCCCAGACUCUUCAUUGAUUGCAGCAGGUUCUUUAGACAGGAUUGUUAGAGUAUGGAACGCAUCAUCUGGUUUCUUAGUUGAUAGGUUAGAUGGGGCUGAACUAAACAAUGGACACAAAGAUAGUGUUUAUUCAGUUCAAUUUACUCACGAUGGUAAAGAAAUCACCUCUGGUUCCUUAGAUACUACGGUUAAAUUAUGGGCAUUAGAUACGAAUAAAAAUGGUGCUACUAAUAAGGCUAAUGUCAAAUGUGAGGUUACUUAUCGUGGACAUAAGGAUUUUGUUUUAAGUGUCUGUUCUACGCCAGACAAUGAAUAUAUUUUAAGUGGAAGUAAAGACAGGGGAGUUAUCUUCUGGGAUAAGAACUCGGGAGAUCCAUUAUUCAUGUUGCAAGGGCAUAGAAACUCUGUUAUUAGUGUCUGUGUUAGCAACAAUGGCAUUGGUGGCAAUGGAUAUUUUGCCACAGGUAGUGGUGAUUGCAAAGCCAGAAUCUGGAAAUAUAAAAGAGAUUUCAACCAAUAG